GAAUGGUUUCCUAGUGUGAGCGCUACAACGGGUGAUUGGUAUCCGGAACGUGCUGUUUUUCAAAUUUUUAUUGCAUUAGCUUCCGUAUUCUUAUGGUUUCUUCUUAUUACAAAAUCACGUCCCACUGGAUCUCCUGGUUUUGCCAAGUUUCUUUUGAUUGUUGGUAUAAUCAGAACUGUCUCAUGCGGUGGUUGGGUUUAUAUUACUUCCUCGGAUGAUCACGAUAUGCAUGAUAUUGCCAUGAUUACUUACUUGGUUUGCACUCUGCCGUGGAUGUUUGGGGUACUUUCGACAACUCCACCGACUUCUUAUAAUACUUCGUUAAAAUAUCGUCGUUGGUUCUGCAUUGCAUUCUUUUCAACAUUAGUACCAAUGAUCUAUUUUUUCAUUCAGCAUAAAGUUCAAAAAGUCAAAACUGCUUAUACAUAUUAUGCUUUUUUUGAAUGGUCUCUCAUCCUAUACGACGUUGCUUUUGAUGCUAUUACUUCCUUCGAUUUUAAGAAUUUUCAAUUGGCUAUAAUAGAUGUCUCCGGCAUGUCCUCAAUUGCCGAAAGUCAUGCAGGUAAUGCCAACGUUGAAAAUGAAAGCUCCUUGAUAAAAUUCGUUCGUGUGUUUACCGAAGUUCGUUCGUUUAUCGCUGACAUUUACCUUGCUUUCACUUUCUGGUCAAUGCUUACUGCUCUUGCGUUAUUGAUCUGGUAUUUCCCCUUAUGGUACAUGGGCAUUUCAGGCUAUGAAGUUUUCCUACUUGUUACUGUUACACCUGGUUUUUUGGCUUUUGAUUUUGUGCGAAAAAUCGUUUUUAAAUAUCGUGGAUUCUUCCAUUUAUUAUCUUUAACGGGUAUUGCUUCUUAUACUUUAAAAGAUCCUAUUUAUAGGCUUAUGGCUUCUGCUUUUGGAAUAGGUAUUAGUCUCUUGACUUGGUUUGGUACUUGGUUUGGAAAUCGUAUGAAAAGUGUUCAAUUAGAAUAUGAUAUCUCUGUUUGGUGUAUUGGACUUUUAUUACAUAACGUAGUAAAAAUGGCUUGGUACUCAAAUAAUCCUAUUUGGCCUAUUAUGCAUGAAUUUAAUGGUGGUAAAAAUUUAAUUGGUUUAUUACUCGGAAUUUUGGUUUGUUUAGAAUUAAUUAUUAGAGAUUUUAAUGAAAAAAAAAAUAAGUUAUUAGAAAAAUCUCCGGUUAUUUUUCCAUUAGUUAAAAAAAACUGGGUCUCAGCAUCAUUAGGUCUUGGUGCAAUCAUGUUCGGAUUACAUUCAAUGUUUACUGAUUCUUCUACUAUCAUGCGCUGGGUUGUUGAUGGUUAUCCUACUUACGGUCCAAAUCCAAUUUCUUCUGGGCCUGUUACCAUCUCUGCAAUGGGUGUGGGUUUAUUAAUAUCUACUAAUACAAGAUUAUCAACAAGUUAUUUAUUGUAUGUAAUUGGAUGUAUUAGUUGCGUAAUAAUCUAUUUUGUUCCCGCUUGGAUUGGAUAUUACGCUGGUCUUGUUCUUGGUGCAUAUUUUAUGGCCAUCGUUCCAUAUUUAAUUAGAUCUGCAAUACUCCACACCCCUGGUCGAACUAUAUUUACAGCCAUGAUGGUUUACAAUAUUUUUUGUCUUGCACAUGUAUGGGUCGUUGCUUAUGAGUUUGUUCCUGGUGGCCCACUAGCUCGUGAACGCACAAAUUGGAUUUUGAUAUUUAUGAUGGCAUUUAUUGGUUUAGGUAUCAGAAAAGCUGCUAGUAUUGUUGAAAAUUAUAAAAUUUCCCAACUUAAAAAGAUUAGAUCAAUUAGAAAUUUUAUUCGUAUAGCUAUUUUUGUAAUUAUUUUUCUUAGUUAUUUAGUCUCAUUCGCUAGGCAUACAUCUGCGAAGGUACCUGUUCCGCAUAGACCGGAACAUAAAAUGUUUACAGCUGGUAUCUGGACGAUUCAUUUCACUCUUGAUAAUGAUAUGUGGUCUUCAGAAGUGCGUAUUAGGGACGCCAUUAGGGAUUUGGAAUUUGAUGUUAUUGGCUUAUUAGAAUCUGACACUCAGCGUAUUAUCAUGGGUAACAGAGAUUUGUGGCAGUAUAUUUCUGAAGAUUUAGGUUAUUACGUAGAUUACG